ACCUGACUGUCCCAGACUUCUCUGGCUGGUUGCAUUGGUGUAAUGUAUUCGAGCUAGCUUGCAAGCGUUGUUGCGUUAUUAUGUGUUAACGAAGAGUGGUUGGAUUAUCAAAUAUACCAUCGAGUAUCAUCUAUUUCCAUUAACACAUAUCUGUUUGUAAUUGUGCACUCUAUUAUAUCGGACUACUAUGGGUGCUUUAGGGAAUGGGCGUCGUGGAGGAAGACCCCCCCCUCUAAUGAUCGCAGCUCUAAUAGCCUGCAUAUUGGUUCUGGGCUUUAACUACUGGGUGUCCAGCUCCCGCAACCUGGAACUACAGACCAAGCUGUAUGAGCUUGAGGGCCAAGUGCGACGUGGAGCAGCUGAGCGAGGAGCAGCUGAGAUGAAGAAGAAUGAGUUCCAGGGGGAGAUUCAGAGGCAGAAGGAGCAAAUCACUCACAUAGAAAGCUUUUACAAGAAACAGCUGGAGAGCGCCCAGACAACCUGCAGCGAAGAGAAGGCUCCACUGCUGCAGAAUAUUUCCUCCAACACCAAAACCAUCAGGGAUCUCAAAGGUCAGCUGAAUCAGCUGAACGAUGACGUGGGGAAGCUUCAGAAGGAACUGCAGAAUUGCCAAAGCAACAUCAACACCCUGAACAAGAAACUGACUUAUGACAUGACCCAUUGUCACUCCCAGGUCCUGUCCCAGAAGGAGCUGUGUGACGAGAGAGUGGCUGCUGCUAAACUUGAAGUCCAAAAGAAAAUGGAGAAGCUCAUCCCACCUGUAGUUGUCUCUUCACAUGAAAACAAAGAGACUGGAGUAGGUAAAGAAGACAAAACAGUCAAGAUUGUGCUUGAUGGAGUUCAAGCUGCAGCUACUUUAAGCCACACACCGAGCCUCUUUCAGCCCAAAGAAAAUGAAACCUCUCAACUUCUGACCAACAAUAUCAUCCCAGACAAAGGUUCUGAUUUUUUAUUGGAGCCAGCAAUGGAUUCCUCUAAACUGGUAUCCCAGCCGGUUCCCUCUGCUGCUGCAGAUAAGCAGGACACGAUGCAGCCUGAAGAGGAUGAUGUCAAAACAGACGAGGCUGAGGAUGAGAAACAUUUGAAGAAUAACAUGACUGAAGAUAGGGAAAUGGAGGUGAUGGACAUUCAUGAGGAAGGUGCUCAGACAGAAGAAGCAGACCCCGGGAUGGAGGGGAUGCUGCUUCGUCAAGCGAAGGUUGAUGAGACUCGGAUUGGUCAGAACCUUGAGGAAACAGAGGAUUAUGAUGCAGAAGAGCAAGUAGUGGAUGGAGUCGAUUUGGAGAAGCAGCAGCAAAACAAGGACAUGGAGGAGGAACUGGCAGACUACAACGGAGAUGAUGACAAUGAAGGAGAGUUUGAAGCAGACAAACAAGCCGCGCUUGCUCAAAUUUAAGAAGUUAAUCUUCUUGCAGAAAUGGAAUUCAAGAAGGAUCCUGCUCAUCGCUUCAGAGAACAGAACCUGUGUUCACCUCGGCUGUACAGUUCCAUGCAGAAAGCAAGACUGAAACAAAAUGAUGUCAGAAGGAAUUUACUUUGUGAAAGACUACUGGGCGGUUUACCUGUUUAUUUUCUUCCUGGAUUGUUUUCAUUUGUCAUUUUCUUAUUUUCUAAUCAACUAUUAAGCUCUCUUCGAGAAUGGCAAACAUGACCGAAGACAUCUAAAGACUUAACACCCUUUGGCUUGAAAAGUAGAACACCUCAGCAUGCUUAAAAAUCUGAAGAUUUUGACGAUGUGUUGACAGGUGCUAUGGUCACUUGAUCACAGCUGUGAGUUGAGUUAUGUGCAGACCCUUGUAGGGUUACAGGGUGUGAAAUGUUGCGACAAGUUUAAAAGAUAUCAGUGAUUCCAGAGACCUAACUCUGCCAGCAGAGGGCGCUGCAGCACAGACAACCCCUCACUCAGUGAUCCAGCAGAAUUUUUAACAAAGCCUUAAUUAGCUCAUCAACCAAGUCUCUUAGACACGAUUUUGCUUUUGGGUUAGUGGUCCAGGAUCUGUUCAGUGUCAGUCGACUCAGGCUUUAUAUGACUCCAGAAAAUUAAAGACAUUUGUUGCGUUUCCUGUUAAAGUUCUCCUGUUAUAGAUUCCAUGCAAACAACCAAUAGAAGUUUCCCUUCUAGAUGAUGCUGAUGUCUGGGUUUAGGUGUAUUGUUUUAUUGUCGUGACCUUUUUGAUCUAUGAAUUAUUUCUGAGAGAUCACUGUUGAAAUGUUUUGACUUUUUAGUGGCAGCAAAGCUUUUAAUCUGAGCUAUAUGUUAUAUCAGUGUCACAAGGUUGAAGUUUUGCAUCUUUCUACACUGAAUGUUAGUAAGGGAGGAACAUAGUUUUAAAUUAAAAUGAAAUAAACAGCUGGAAAUACUUAAUAUAUUCUGUUUUACUUACAUAUUGUUGCAUGCCUUAUUAGCUCUGUUUUUCCAGACAAAGUGGAUGUAGAAUGUCGAGAAAUGUAAGUAAUUCUUUGUUUUUAAUCCGUGCAUACUGUCUCUGUUCUGCUGAGUCUAAUGUAGCUGAGAAUGUGGAGGAGCAUUUCUGAGAGUUGCUGUAACAUAAUGGACAGUUCCACAAAGCUGGAAUGCUGUGUUGUGCUUUAUGCCUUUUUUUUAAGCCAGGGGAUGUGAAUUAUUUAGUAGUACUGCUAAAAUCUAUUACUGUGUUUCAAGUAAAGAUGCACUAAACUGGAAAUUGUUGGACAAGUGCAAAGAACAACUAAUAUUAGAUAAAGUUAGUUUAAUUUUGCAGAGAGAUAAUGUGUUUCCUUGUGCUUUUCACAGGACAAAAUUUAAUUUCCUGUUUUGUGUUAUCUAAUGUAAAUGGUUUUGUUUGCCUAUCUGGAUGAUUUCUGUGCUCUGUAGCUUGUGGCUUAAUUUAAGUUGGCUGGUUGAAAGACAGGUGUGCAGGCGGGAGCCGGCAGACGAUUCUUCCUGUUCAUUUAACUUAAAACAUCUUAAGCUCUACUGUUUCGAGUAAAGGUUAAAGUUUGUGUCUUGUACGUCAGGUUGUUACAGGUCAGCUGACCCUGCAUUAUUCAGUCCAAGAUGACAUGUUAGUCCAGAUCCUGAGGUCGGCUUUUUGGGUUUUUGUUUUACAUACACAAGACCUUUUUACUGUUGAUAUGAAGGUGCAACCACACACAAAAAAGAACAUUUAAGUUAUAGGGGUCUAUAUAAACGAUGGUCUAAACAAACGUCAUGUUGCUGGAUAGCUACAGAAUGUAGAUGGAGCAUUAUGUACUGUAAGUUUCUUCCAGUUUCAAAGCACAGAGAACAACUAGUAACGUGUCAAGUUCAAGGAUACACAGCAAAGAAAAAUGUCAAAGCUGUUUAGCUCGAAACGUUUGAUUUCCACCAAAUAGUUUAUUUCUGCAGUUGUCUAAAAAAAAAAAAAAGAUGUGGUUUCUUUACGAUGUAUGUUUUUAUAUGAUGUUUCAUCACAAGGAGUUUGUACAGCGUUCAUUAGCAGAAUCGCUGCUUUUACAAGUUAAAUCAGAACAUCAGACUUUUGAGUUCGUCUCUUGUUUUUCAGCUUGAUCAAUAAGAAAUUAAACUAUUUGUAUUUUAUACUUUUUGUUUUCUAUAUUUGUACUUGUUCAAGUAAAUGUUCAGAUACCGAAUCAGAGUGCUGCUGAAAGAAAAAUAUUUAUAAUAGCUCAAAGUUUAUGACAACCGAAAGGCAGAGACAGAAAGAGAGAACAUCUUUCAGCAGCACUCGUAAUGAACAUUGUUGGCCUCUUUAUCUCCUCAUUCACAGAUUUUUACUGAAAUGCCACCCCUCCACCCCUUUUGUUAUCUGUUUAUUAGUAAAGUGUCAGCCUGUUUGUGUAAAAAGUCUGUUUUAAACCAAGGAUGACAUUUACCUGGUGAGAAAAUUGUUUUGAAAAACUGAUUUUUAUAAAAUUAUUUGACUUUUUUGCAGAUUUAAUUUGUUAGGAUGCUGUUUUUGUCUGUAAAUGGAAAUAGUUCGAUAAUCCAUAGCUUUUAUUGACACAAUGGUGAAUAAAGAUUGUUUUAUUACUGUCA